AUGUCAGAUAUCGAGAAGAGAGUCUCUCGUGACGAUCAUGAAACGACUAGCGCCUCGGUUGACCAGGCACCCACUGGGGUGGUUGGAAUAUACAAGAAUACAAUGACUCAGGUGGUUAUGCUGGGAUUUGUAUGUUUUAUGGGCCCCGGACUGUUCAACGCGCUGAACGGAUUGGGUGGUGGCGGACGAGUCGACCAAACGACAUCUGCUAACGGAAACGCCGCUCUUUAUUCAACAUUUGCUGUUGGAGCUUUCUUCGCAGGUUCCAUUUGUAAUAAGCUUGGCCCCCGGCUCACCCUGCUUAUCGGGACAACUGGGUACUCUCUGUAUAUUGGGAGUUAUCUUGCUACGAACAUACAUGACAAUGCUGGCUGGUUCAUUAUUUUUGCUAGCGCUAUCCUCGGUCUUUGCGCAGGUCUCCUAUGGACGGCACAAGGCUCGCUGAUGCUCGCGUAUCCAACAGAAUCCAACAAGGGUCUCUAUAUUUCUAUUUUCUGGAGCAUCUUCAACUUGGGAGCUGUCGUAGGCGCAUCAGUCGCUUUGGGUCAAAACUUUCACAAUACGGCCAAUGCAGUGGGCAAGGGAACCUACAUUGGAUUCCUGAUUUUGACCCUCAUUGGAGUUGCUAUUCCAAUGUUCAUGGCCGAUCCAAAGACCAUGUACCGUGCGGAUGGCUCCAAGGUCACUGCUCCUCGCCAGCCGAGCUGGAAGACUGAAAUAAUGGGGUUAUGGAUCGCUCUCCGCACCGAUCCUAGUAUUCUAUUGCUUUUCCCCAUGUUCUUAGCAUCUAACUGGUUCUAUACCUGGCAAUUCAACGACUACAACGGUGCCCUGUUUAACAUUCGUACUCGUGCAUUGAAUAGUUUGGUCUAUUGGAUUUCGCAAAUCUUUGGUUCCGUGGCUAUCGGGCUCCUGUUGGAUAGUGGACGGCUAGGGCGCCGCCUUCGUGCUUUCUUGGGAUGGGCUCUUCUCUUCGCUAUGGUUUUUGGCGUUCAUAUCUGGGGCUAUUUCUACCAAAGAGAAUACACUCGCCCGCCCCCCGGGAGUCCAGAGCUCCCUCGUAUGGAUUUUAACGAUCACGGCUACGCCGGAAAAGUCUGGCUCUACAUCUUCUGCGGCUUGCUCGACGCAAUGUGGCAGACUUACUCGUACUGGAUGAUGGGAGCCAUGAGUAACGAUCCGGCUAAAUUGGCUAUCUUUUCAGGAUUCUAUAAAUCGAUUCAGUCCGCGGGUGCUGCCGGAAUCUGGCGUGCAGAUGGCAUGAACGUUCCAUACAUGAACAUCUUCGUCUCGACCUGGGCCCUCCUAGCGGGUGGUCUCAUUUUUGCUCUUCCCAUGCUACAUUAUCGCGUAAAGGAUCACACCGAACUCGCCGAUGAAGCACUCGCGCGCAUGGACGAGACUGGACGUGUCAAAGAAGUAGAUGAAGUCGCGCAUAAGAGCUAG